CAGUGCUGCCCCCUCGUGGCAACUUGAAGAAGCACUCUAAAUAAUGUAAAUACACUGACAGGCGGUGGUGGUGGUGUUAACAUUCAUCCUGUGCGAUGAUUCACUGAGAUAAUCUAGUUUUCUGGAAAGAAAGACACCGAUUUGGCACUUCAGGCGGAUCUCCGAGCGAAGCUAUCGCUGAGGCUGGUGGUGCGCUACGUGAUGCCGGCGGCGCACCUGACGCUGCGCGAGGAGGACGUGGUGCGCCUGGCCCUCGAGUUCCUCCAGAACCGGCAGCUGCACAUCUCCCAGCUGAGCGUGGAGCGCGAGACGGGCGUCAUCAACGGCGAGUACUCGGACGACGUGGUGUUCCUGCGGCAGCUCGUCCUGGACGGCCAGUGGGAUGACGUCCUCGAGUUCAUCCAGCCCCUCGAGGCGCUGCCCUCCUUCGACAUGCGCCGCUUCAAGUACGCCGUGCUGCGCCACAAGUACGUGGAGCUGCUGUGCAUCAAGAACGAGGCGGGGCUGGCGGGCGCCAUGGGGCUGUCGACGGGCAUGGACUCGGCCGUGGACGAGGUGGUCAAGGUGAUGAAGGAGCUGGAGAAGUACGCGCCCUGCAAGGACGAGUACUCGCAGCUGUGCCUGCUGCUCACCCUGCCCCGCCUCACCGACCACCUGCAGUACCGCGACUGGAACCCCAGCAACGCCCGCGUGCAGUGCUUCCAGGAGGUGUUCCCGCUGGUGGAAAAAUUUCUCCCCGGCGAGAAGAAGCCCCCCGAUGCCAACCCGCCCAGCAAGUGCGCCAAGAACGACCGCCUGGUGCAGCUGCUCAUCAAGGGCGUGCUGUACGAGUCGUGCGUGGCCUACUGCCAGGGCAAGGCCACCGGGUCCCAGGAACCGCGAUCUCAGGAGAUGAACUUCGGCCGGCUGCUGGACGGCUCGGCGGGGUUCAGCGACUCGGACCUGAGCCUGCUGUCGUGGCUGCAGAGCAUCCCGCCCGACACGUUCGCCGUGCCCUUCGAGCAGCGCGCGCUCAACGUGGACGUGGAGCGGCUGGAGCGGCCGUCGCUGGAGACGUCGUGGACGGAGCACAUGCUGGUGACGCCCAUCAAGCCCAAGAUGUUCCCGCACUCCGCCAUGCCGCUGAGCAGGCCGCGCAGCGCCGCCGACAUGAUGACCCGCUCGCUGCUGCCCGGCCUGCCGCUGUCCAGCGCGGGGCUCGGCCGCGUCAGCUCCGCCCUCAUGACCCUCUCGACCGGCGACAUCGGCCUGGGCGCGGGGCUGGCCGCCCGCGACGCCAUGUCCAGGUCGUCGUUCGCCUCGUUCCACCUGACGGGCCACAAGAACAACAAGCUGAUGAACACCUCGGUGGACCGCCUCUUCGAGACCGACACGGACGUCUUCCUCAGCAGCAGCUUCGGCGACUACCCGCUGCUGCCGGCCAUCCAGGUACGCCACCAGGAAAAGCAGGGGCGAACAGCUUCCCACAUUCUGGGUCACCCCUCGGGCGGAUCGUAUCGUAGCGCGCUCUAG